AUGUCUCCAGCACCCCCUCCAGUGACCCAACCGCCCCCCGCCAGCUGGGCGCUCCGCAUCCUCUUCUUUGCCAUCGGCGUGGCCAUCAGCCUCGCUCUUCAAGGCCAAAAGUCCUCCUCACCUGAUGGCAAAGUGAACCUCGACCUCAUCUCCUUCGUCCAGCGCCUGCUGGGCAAAUUCCUUCCUCCUAGCCAUGACUUACAAACGCAGACACAAACCUACUGCUACCAGUCCAUCCUUUCUUCCGGUAUCAACCCCGUCCCGGGAGUGAAUUGCUUCUCCGUUCGAGAUGGACGCUUCGUGAGGGUGUUUUCAUCCACUGACCCCGCUACGCGGGAAAGGGUUGAAAUCCGCCAGGGACAUGCCCUCCCCGGCCUGUGGGACGGACACGGGCAUUUGCUGCAGUAUGGAGAGUUCUUGCAUUCCGUGGAUCUAUUUGGCGCGGAGUCGUUCGAGGAGGUGAGGAGGAGGAUAGGGGAGUAUGUUGAGAAGAAUCCGGACGCUGGGACCAGGAGCAGGUGGGCUUUGUUAGAUGAGGAUGAGCGGUUGAAAGGGAAGUAUAUCAUGCUUGAUCGGGUCGAUGUGCACUGCACUUGGGUAUCGUCGGCAGUUUUGCAGCUCCUACCAAACUUACCGGCCGAGGUGCCGGGCGGCGAGAUCGUUCGCGACCCUGGGCUUGGGGUGUUCUGUGAUAAUGCGAUGGACUUGGUCAUGCCUCUUUGGCCAAGGCCGAGCCGCGAGCAGAAGAAGGAGUUCGUGCGGUCUGCCAUGCGCUCGCUGCAUAGUGUUGGGCUGGUGGGCAUUCAUGAUGCGGGUGUCACGCCGGAAGAUAUUGCUUUGUAUGAAGAGAUGGCGAACGAGGAGGGAAAUGGGUGGACGAUGAGGGUUUAUGCUAUGAUUGAGUGUCCUGAGAGGAAUAGUUUCUGUCCUGAGGUCGCGAGGAAGGUCGAACAUCCGAUGUUGAGGGUUAGAAGCGUGAAAUUGUUUGCAGACGGCGCCCUGGGCAGCUGGGGCAGCGCCCUUCUCGAGCCAUACAGCGAUCGACCCGACACAUCCGGCUCUCUCCUAGUCAACGCAACCACCUUGACCAAGCUCGCACGCUCCUGGGCCUCCGCUGGCUACCAAGUCAACAUUCACGCCAUAGGCGACCGCGCUAACCGCCUUGCCAUUGAUGCCCUCGAAGCAGCCCUCAACGACGUCUGCCCCCCUUCAGACGAACCCUCCCGCCUAGUUUCCUGCCAACAAUCACGCCGCUUCCGCAUCGAACACGCCCAAAUCAUCCAUCCCGCUGACCAAGUCCGCCUACACGCCCUCGGCAUCAUCCCUUCCAUCCAGCCCACCCACGCCACUUCCGACAUGUCCUACGCCGAACUGCGCUUAGGCCCCGAGCGCAUCGCUUUCUCGGCCUACCGCAUGCGCUCACUCUUGGACCUCGCCCCCUGUUUGGGCAGCGAUUUCCCCGUAGAACCGGCCAACCCGUUCGGGGGGUUGUAUGCAGCUGUAGCGAGGAAGGAUCCGAAGUCUGGAAAAGGCGGUCCUGGGAAGGAAAAGGAUGGUUGGUAUAGGAAGGAGGAGGGGCUGAGCUUGGCCGAAGCGCUCGAUGGGUUUACUAAGGGAGCUGUUAGGGCAGCUUUCUGGGAGAAGAAUGGUGGAGAAAUUAAAGAGGGGAUGUGGGCUGAUUGGGUGGUGGUUGAUAGGGAAUUAGGUGGCGACGAGGAGGAUCUGAGGAGAGUGAAGGUGAAAGAGACGUGGGUUGCUGGGAGGAAGGUUUAUGAGGAGGAUGAGAGCUGGACAAUGGAGGACUUAUAA